CAGUCAUAGACCAUGUCCCCUACAGACCCCGAAGCACCGCCAACGGCCUCAAAUGGCGACGCAGCAGCUCGAAUCGGGCCGCACCCCGGCUACAUCUCCAGCUCGAACCAGUACGCCUCGGAGCUCAAGAUACGGCGCAUGCUCCGGGAGAACGACUGCGACCCCGCGCGAGAGGAUAACUACCGCUUGCAGGGCGUCCAGCUCAUAGACACCGUGAGGCAGCAUCUGAACCUCCAGCCGGUGCGGACGUUUGACACCGCGUGCACGUACUUCCACAAGUUCCGACUCAACUUCCGAGACGCCGAGUACAACUACCAGGACGCAGCUUUGGCGUCGUUGUUUGUCGCCUGCAAGGUCGAGGACACGAUCAAGAAGUCCAAGGACAUCCUCGCCGCAGCUUACAAUGUUAAGAACCCUGACAAGCCUGCGGCUUCGGAUGACAAGAUUUUCGAGUCACCCGGCAAAAUCAUCAUUGGACUCGAGCGCCUGAUCCUCGAAACGAUCGGCUUCGACUUUCGCACUCGGUACCCCCAGAAGCUGCUGGUAAAAGUCGUGCGCAGCAUUCUUGGCCGCGAGGCAGGGGAAUCCUUCUUCAAGAUUGCCUACGCCAUGAGCAUUGACAUGUACAAGACGUUUGUGCCCAUUAAGCGCACCACAUUCUCCAUGGUAAUGGCUCUGGUGGAACUCACAGCUCGCAUGACGGGCCAGCACCUGGACGCGGUCAAGGAGUUUGCGGCACGGCGGCCACAAUACCAUCGACCGGCCGUGCUCGAGACCAUGCUCGAUAUACUGGACCUCUAUAUCCAAUACCACAAGUCGACCAAAGUGGGCACGCAAUUUGACCUGAACCGCUUCAUGGACGUCAAGAUUGCCCUCAACACGGAGCUCGAGAAAGAUUUCAUCUCCCGACACAUGUACCACUGCAGUCGUUGCGAGAAUGAGGACCCGACCACCGCCACCCCCGGCUCUACCACCUCGCCCACGGCAACAUCAUCUUCAUGGCCCGGCGACUUGUCCAUGCGAAGAACAGCUCGUGGCCAGGAUGGCACCAUGCGCUUCGUCUUUGAUCCCGAGGCUGCACGAGAAGAGCAAGACACAGUGGCGCCCUUUUUCAAUGAAGAGUAUGAGGAAUACGAGGUCGAGGUGGAAGAGCCCAUACCCGCACCCAGGCACGAGCACGAAGGGGGCGGGCGAGGGGGAUACCGCGGACACGGCCAUGGACCACGAGAUCGGAGUGACUACAGGCGGGGAGGCUCCUAUGGAGGAGGAUACAGAGGGGCGGACAGGCAUUACCGGGGGAGGAGGUAUCAUUGAAUGGGCAUGACUUGUUGAGGGGACUCAAUGUCGG